ACGCGGCACAUUGCCGCUGCACGUGACCAUGGCACUCGUGGCCAACGAGUUGCUGGCGUUUAUCCAGCACGCCAUCGACACCAUGGAUGAGGUCAGCAUCAUGCAGAUCUGCAAGUCUUCCUUCACCAGCGAGGAGAUUUUCCAAGGGAAGCAGCUGCUGUAUGAGACGCUCGGCCAGAGCGCGAACAUGCCGUCGCGACGAAAAGACGGAACCGAAAGGAGCGUGCAGGACAUCAUCUCCCUGCUGAAGCAGACGGAUCCGGAUGAGGUACUGGCUUUUGUGGCUAAACAGCUGCAUAAGCUGCCGCCCGUCACGCUGGACCACGUCGACGUCGUCAGCCUACUGAAGGACAUCAGGUUCCUGAAGGAAGAGCUGGCCGGAGUUCGGGGUAGAUUGCAGGCGUCGGAAUCUAUCAUCAGUGACCUACGUAGUGAAUUAUCACAAUUGAAAAGUAAUAAUUCAUUAUGUGGGUCACCUGACGCUGCAUACGUAACCCGACGCCGAGGCGCACAGGCGAUCACGUUUAGCCCUGUUUAUAUUCUUUGGCGUAUAUUUAACUUCUUCGCCCUGGUUGGACAGCAUCCGGAAGUACAGGAGCGCCUGCAUCGGGAAGUCGACAUUUUGGACAUGGAAUACCUCGAAAUGGUUCUGAACGAGUCCAUGAGAUUUUAUCCCGCUAUCGGAUUUUUUGGCAGGAUGUGCGUUAAGAAUACGACUCUUCCCGUAGGAAAUAUAAAAAUUGACAAGGGAACCACCAUAUUCCUUCCAUUGUUUGCGUUGCAACAUGACGAGAGAUACUAUCCGGAGCCGGAAGUUUUUAAACCGGAGAGGUUUUCGAAGGAGAACAAGGAUCCCAUUAUAGACAAAACUUUCAUGCCUUUCGGUAAGGGAAACAGAAUGUGCAUCGGCCAGAGGUUCGCUACGGUACAAGCCAAGGCGGGGAUUGUCCAUCUGAUGCGACACUUCAAAGUGAAUACUGUACAGAUUUCAGGCAAAAAGAUCGGUUUCCAGAAGCACCUCUUUGCUGCGAGGCUAAAAAAUGUAGACUUGGAGUUCAUUGAUCGAUAA